AGUGCGCAGACGGGCUGACGUUCAGUCACAUGACCUGACGAGGCACGCUCCACUUCCUGAGUGCAGUGCUAGCCGCUCCUACGCUGUCAUCCAAGAUGCUGGCUCUAAUAAACAGGCUUUUAGACUGGUUCCGCGCUCUUUUUUGGAAAGAAGAGAUGGAGCUAACUUUAGUGGGACUUCAGUCUUCAGGGAAAACUACGUUUGUCAACGUAAUAGCAUCAGGCCAGUUCAGUGAAGAUAUGAUUCCUACAGUUGGUUUUAACAUGAGGAAGGUCACUAAAGGCAAUGUGACAAUAAAGAUAUGGGACAUAGGUGGACAGCCGCGAUUCAGAAGCAUGUGGGAGCGCUACUGCCGCGGAGUCAAUGCUAUAGUUUACAUGGUAGAUGCUGCAGACCGUGAGAAGAUUGAAGCUUCCAGAAAUGAACUGCACAAUCUUUUAGAUAAACCACAAUUACAGGGAAUUCCUAUCUUAGUACUUGGCAACAAACGCGACUUGCCAAACGCUCUUGAUGAGAAACAGCUGAUUGAAAAAAUGAAUUUGUCUGCCAUUCAAGAUCGAGAGAUCUGCUGCUACUCUGUCUCCUGCAAAGAGAAAGACAACAUAGACAUCACUCUGCAGUGGCUUAUCCAGCAUUCAAAGUCCCGGCGGAGCUGAAAAGUUAAACCACUUGUUGCUGUCCACUCUCUCCAAUCAUUGGUCCUCGACAGACACCCUGCCUCUGCCUUUGUGAAGUAACCCGUGUGUCUACACUCAGUUCUGUCACCACAUGCACCAUUCACCGCCUACAGCACUAUCAAAGCUCGCACAGCUUCUCAUCUCUAAGACAGGGGUUCCCAAAAUUGGAAUGUUGUUUUGCCACCUCAAAUUAUUACUACUGUCAAUAUUUCACAGUUAGAGUCACAAGCCGGUUGCAUGGUACGGGUUCCUGGCCUGAAAAGUUUGGGAACCUCUCCUCUAAAAUGUCUGUCUGAAGCUAGUAGAGCAUGAUUGUUUAUACCUCUCAUGCCUUAUCACACACUAUACACACUCAUUUUAUGUUUGUAUUAUUUGUAUUGCUUUAUUUAUGGAUGUACCAAUCUAAUACUACGAUACAGGUGGUGAAACAAUGUAUGUAUACCCAAUGUUUGGUUCUCACAGAUCAGAACGUUCUCAUGGUGCCGAAUCUAUUUUAAGUUAUGUCAGCUAUACCUGUAAGCACUGGCAAGCAAACGCUGAUCAGUCACUCAUGGAACAAAUCAUAAGACAUGGAUCUAAGUCAUGUACAUCGCAGUAAACUACAUAGAUCCAACCCUGUACUAAUGAUUUGUUGCUAAAUGUUGCUGGGGUAACUACAAGUGAACUUAUACAAAACAAUUCUUCCUUUGCUUCUUUAUAUUGCCAGCAAACUAUAGGUGAUAUUUGUUGAUUCUGUCCCUAAUCAGAUCAGGCUGAUGAAAACUUAUGGUGGCUUAAACAUGGGUUUUGUUUUUGUGUUGGUAUAUGUAUACUUUUAGGUGACUAUUGGGACUAUUUAAUGUUUACAUAUCACUAGUGGGUGUAUUUAAGAUUUGAAAGGGGAGUUUUAAGUGCCUUUGGCUAAACAGGUGAACUGAACAGUUAACAGUUUAUGCUCAUCAAAAUUAAACUCUACAGAGAGGAGGAAGCACUUAACCAUCACUACUAGACAAUCCUGUUUUAAGUCAUCAUAAAACAUAAGGAUUAAAGCGCUGUACUUGUAUGAUUUAAAGAAAGGUCAGUAAAUUAGUUUGGUCUUUGAUCAUUUGUAAUAUUUAUUUUAUAUUUAAUAUCCUCUUCCCCUGUUUCUCACAAAGAAUGAUUCGGUUAACUGGCAUUGUUGGGUUUCAGAGAUUUUGUGGAAUUGUAAUGACGUCUUUUUUUUUCCCUAACAAAACAUGGGUGUGCCAUGGGUUUGUUUCUUCUUUAAUCCUGUGAUGAACAAAUCCACUGUUAGUCAGAAGACAGAUAUUUCAAAAGUCAACAUUUGUCCCAGUCACACAUCAGGCCACGUCUGGCCGUGUGUCACAACAAGUCGCAUGAUUCUGCAGUGCAAAUGUCAGUGCAUUAACAAUAGUACACUGGACUUUAACAACUCAAGACCAUUGUAAAAUUAACUGGGAAAAAAUUAAAAGAAGUGAAAUUAAAUAGCUUCUAUUAUAAACAAUGGCGAUAGAUUCAAAAAUAGUAUUUCAUGAUACUGUAAUCUGAAGUUAAUUUGUAAAUCAUUAGCACAGGUCUUGCAUUAAUUUUGGAAGAAAAUAAGCUUAAACAAUAAUUCAUAAUUGUCCUUAUUUUGCUAUUGUUUUUUUUUUUUUUUUUUUCUUAUAGUUCGACAUGAACAAAACAUGUUUAAUGUUUUGUAACACCACAGAGCUUUUAGCUUAUAUCUCCAUAACUCUACUUAAUAUGGCAAAUGAAUAUGCCAUGUUAUGAUGCUGCAUUACAUUUGCUUUGACGUUUGCUUUAUCUGUCAUGUUCCCUUGACAAUGGCAAUGAUCAACAUCUUAAAUUAGAGUUAGGCUUAAUUAAUGCAGAACACUGUGCAAAAACCCAGCACAAGCCAAACUCUCCCACACUAGACUGCACAGCUUUAUAUCAUCACCAAAGUUGAAAUGCAAUGCUCGCUGGCCUGAAUAUUUAAGCUCAAGCUGACAACUGUGUAAUCCACCUGCUACUGUUAUUUAUUAUCAAUCAUGUUAAUCCAGCCAGGUCUGAAUCCGUCAUCACCGUGUUGCCAUGUGGUUUGUGUGUCUGCUGGUGAUUGGUGUAACCUUAAAUAUCCACUGUUGGGACCACAAUAGCAGUGAGGGGCUGUUAAACUGGAUAACUCUGUGGGUAAAUGAGGAAAGCUUUGUUACCUGUGUAUUAAUAAUAUAACAAUAAUUAUGAUAACCUAUUUGCAAUUUGUAUGUGCAUGUGCUAAAUCUGUUCACAUCCAAUUGCAGACUUUGUAAAUAAAAUGUUAGCUUUUUUUAAUUUCUGAUAAAUGCUCUUGAUGUCAUGUUGGCCAUUCUUUUCCUGUGAUUGGUAAUAAAAAUGUUUAUUUUUUA